AUGUCGAAUUGCGUGCCUAGAAAACUGCUGCACAGAUAUGUCGCUGAUACUGCUGAGCUCUUCGUGGAAGCUCCAUGCUACUGCUGGGUUUCCCAGGUCGAGAUAGUUGUACACCUGAGUUACGAGCGACUCUUGUCGCUCAGCUGGAGCUUGGUUUUCCUGGCCGAGUUGAGCGAUAUUGAUGCUGCUAUUCGACCCAAUCUGUAUCCUCCUCCGCUCCUGGUACCGGAUGUCUGGGACGCGCCCCUAACUUGUGGCCUGCCUGCUAAGGCUUUCAACUCCUUAUCACCGACCGACUAUGUGGGGCAAGCUUGCUUAUCUUGCGACCGAACUGUUCCAGAUGAAACGGACCAGACCACGGGAGCGUUGGUGAUCCCUUGGCUUGACGGCGACGACUGGAUCCUGUUUCACGUGGAUAAAGACACCGGCGCCGCAUACAUGUUCGAUCGUACUCCACGGCGAGAGCCAUCACGAGUUGUCGCCUUCUUCCGACAAGCAUACACAGACGCGGGCUAUGGUUCGAUCACUGCCAUGUGGCGUGUUCCCGCUGGAACGCGAACCGACAAGUGGUCCAGCGGUUGGUGGGUGGUCGAAAAGGUCCUCAUGUUGGUCACAAGCAAGACAUCAAGUCUAUUGGCUUCGCCGCAGUGA